AGGACAUUUCAAUGUGUUCUUCAGUCUCUGGAACUGGCAAUACAAAAGUUACUGAAACAGAAUUACAAAAGCAAGAAAAGUCUGAAAGAAAUAUUGAAGAAUAUACAGAAAUAGCUCAAUCCCCUUCUCACUGUCUAGAAAGUGUUACUAUUGCAGCUUCUACUUCAAAGGGUAUUGAAUCUCCGCCUCCCGAUGACCACUUUGAAGCUCCGCCUACAAAUGAUAUUAUAACUCCUUCUCCUGCACAUUCUAUUACAAUGUCAAAUUUAAAUAAACAGCAAGAAAUUGGUGAUGACAAAAAUACUGAGAUAGAUAAAAGUACAGACAAGGAAGAUGCCGGAGUUGGAGGAAAGAAAGUUGAAAAUGAAUGGAUGACAGAUAAAGAACUUGAAGAAUUUAGACAAGAAACCUUUGAUGACCUUAGAGAAACCGCAGAGGCAGUAGUUGCACUUCUGACUCGCCACCAAAAAGGGGGAGCAUUUGUUGAUGAGAUCUAUGAUGCCGCUUUAGUAUUUGACGAGGCUUACUAUGAGUUGGAAAAAACAAGUCGAGAAAAUAUAAUCAAAUUUCGGAAAGACAUAGCAGAAUUAAUGAUUGAAACUAAAUAUUUCAAAUUGAGCUGUGAAAUUGUAAUGCAUACAUAUAUGAACGGGUGGCGCAGUGAAGAAGGAAAUGAGGAAGAAAGUAAGACCGUGCCUUUAAUAAGAAGCCUUGAUACCCUAUGUAACUUCAGUGAUUGCUGUGAUGAAUAUGCAAUUGGCCUUGCAAAUGAACCUGGAUUUCUUGAUACACUUAUACAAGUACUAAGAGAGUCACUGCCAAAAUAUUUUGCAAAGGAAGGAGAACCGAAACUAGUGGGAAUCGAAAAACACUUGAUUGAACCUUCUCUAACCAUUGUUCACAAUAUGUCAAUGAGAGAAACCAAUAUUUUGAAUCUACGUAAUGCUGGCAUACUCUCGUGUUUGAAACCUUAUCUGAAGUCUCCAAACACAAAAUAUGCAUUGACAGCAUUGGCAAGUUUGGCAGGUGUAAUCAAUGAAGAAGAAAGUAAUGUCAUCAAAAGUAACAAGGACAUUGUAAUGAUCUUGUUGGACUGUAUCAGGGAAGGGAUGAAGGAUAAAAUGCGAGAAUGUAGAGGAUGGUCCUGUCAAGAAUCUGUUUUUAGUAAGUUCUUUAUUAAAUCGAGGUAAAAGUUUUGUACACAAUCGACUUAUUCUUUCACAUAUAUGUGCUGUAUCUGGAGUAGCGGUAUUUUGGUUUCAUGGGGACUUUAAAAAAAAACAGAUAGGAAGUCCGAGGCAAUGUGAAAUGUUUGGUUUAUUGAGGAUAUCGGAUUAAGUGGAG